CCGUGUUGGUGGUUCUCCUGGCCGUCAUGAAAUCUUUCAUUCACGCUCCACCCGAAUGGACUCCUGUAUUGAUUGUGUUUAUCAAAAUGGCCGAACUGUACACCAUGCUAGAGUUUCUGGUCCUGUUUGCCGAAUUUGUCCUUUUGAUCUUGUUCACAAGUGUGUGCUGCUGGGCCGUGUUCUCUAUAUAUCUACAGAAAAGAUCUGAUGCGAAGCUGGCUGAAGCGAGGGCCAAGAAGAUCAGUUCAAACAGUGUUGGAGAUCCUAUUGGAUUCCAGAGACGCCGCAAGGGAUCCGUGCCGUCCUUGCCCUGUCAAGGGCACAGUCUCAUGGCCAGCUCCUCUUCAAGUAGAGACACGCAUAGCAACGUCUGCUUUGCUAUUGUCCACGAGGACAUCAAAACUGGUAACAGCUCCAGAGCCAGCUCCAUUCCUCAUUGGAGCGCCAUAAUGACAACAAAUAACCCAAUCGGAGGUCGCCAACAAUCAUCGGACUCCUCGCUACCCAAUCUGAAGGCUACCGACGAGUCGAUUAUCCGGUUAGGUAGCCCACAAAAAGAAGAAGUUAUUCUGCCAAUUGAGCAGGUCCUUGAAGGUCGCCACGAAUACAAGCAUGGAUCACUAAUGGGAAGAAUGUGUCAGAAGCCAUUCACCAAGAAGAACUCCGCUUCGCCGAACAUGGUGGCGCCAAGCAGAGAUGAUUUCAAUUUGGAAUCGGCUAGGAUUGACAGACACCUGAGCAGCUCGACUAACAAAAUCAAUACCAAGUGGAAGCAAAGGAAGUACAUGCGGAUAAUAGUGAACCUGAUCCUGAUCCAGAUGCCCUUCAUCCUCCUCCGCAUGCCAAAGUACAUCCACGAGAACGGCUGGAUCAUCCUCCACGAUUCCAACUCAAUCGGAACCAGCCUCAAGUCCACCAGCUCACUCCUCACGGAGCUGCACAUUUCGUUCUACUGCUUCAAUGCUGUGUUAGCUUACAUGACGAGCAGUCAAUUGAGGAAACUCAUCAUUGCCUGGGCUGCCAAGAGGAAACAGUGUCUGACGAAUAUACGCAUGUGUUGCAGCUUCUCCGAAGCCUAAAGAUUGUUAAUACAGUUCCCGUGAAGAAUAGAGUCACUGAUAUCUCUGAUAUCUAGAGGAUUUAACUUUUUGACACAUUCUGUUUUGACUCAAUUACAAUUUCGAUUAACAAAAUUUCGUCAAAUCAUUAAAAGACGCACGCACCUAUCCAGUGCACACUUUGGCCUCGUAUGAUCAAAUCUACUUGA